GUCGUGGUGGUGGGGGUUAGUGGCGGAUACAUCCAUUAGGGCUUGACACUGCCUCGCCACAGUUCCUUCGGCCACUGGCUACUCCACCGCAUGGUUUGAAAUAAUUGAUAUAACAUUAACGUCAAGAGCUCUCUGAAAAAGACCGGUAAAUUCAAAUACAUAAGCCCAGAAAGAUUAAGAGGAGCCAAAUCACUAAGGGAUCAAAUUCGGAAUGGCAGAACUACUAUCAAUCCUCCAAGUCGCAGAGAUUGCGACAAAAACAUCUAUCCAGUUAUAUGAUUUCUUUUCUACAAUAACACAUGCACCUCAGGAAAUCCGGGGUAUAACCCGAGAUAUUAACAGUUUCAAUACACUGGUGUGUAAUCUUACUGCCUCGUUGAAGUCCCCCGAUGUAAGGGCUAUCAUUGAAAAUGAUUUGGAAAUCACCAAUGCAAUCGAGUCUCUUAAGGAACCCAUAGGCAAUAGCCGUAAAACUUUUGAAAAGAUGGAGGAAAAGCUGCGCCCACACUUGAAGGAAGAUAUUUCCUCAUCUGAACCGCCAAAGGGCAAUGGCGAUGCUCCAGCGCAACAAAGACGGCUUAGCCGGACUGAUGUGAAAUGGUAUUUCAAACGAAAAGAAGUGUAUUCCUUGCUAGGCGAGAUGGAGCGGAACAAGGUAACGUUUGGGGAUGCUAUGGGAUAUGUUACACUUCUUUUAUCGUUCAAAACGUCUGCUAUCAUGAAGGCAAAUUCUGCUGCCACUGGGCCCAAGCCUCAAGAUGCUACAAUAAAAACCCCAUUUGAUGAUGAUGCAGGUUCUGCUCUUAUACGAUUCGCCGAAACAGCAUCUACCUUGCCUCAAGGCUCGCUUUCUGACUCGAAGCCACUGGUCGAUACAAGAUCGAGCAUGGUAGAGCCGGAAGAAACUGAAUCUCAACUGACGGAUACUCUCAUUCAGGCCGUCAAAAUCGGAUCCUUGCCACUUGUAAAGGCGUCGUUGGAGAAGGCAAAUAUUAAUGGCCAAGAUCGUGAUGGACGGACUCCACUGUCUUUUGCCGCAGAGCUUGGCCAUGUUCAAGUAACAGAGUUACUACUUGCUAGAGGUGCAAUAGUAUCAAUUCGCCAGUACAGCAACCAUCGCCAACAAGGAUCGUCGGAGCCACUUCGAGAAAGCGGACGAACACCUUUACUCUGGGCGGCAGCAAAAGGAAACAGCGCGAUUGUACAUCUUUUGCUACAAUAUGGCGCAAACCCUAAUGCCCGAUCGACGUCCGGAAGGUUUGCUUUACAAGAAGCUACAAUGAAUAAUAAUGUUGAUAUUGUUAAACUGCUAUUGCAAUACAAAGCGGAUGCGAAUGCUAGGUCCUACAAUUUUGUGCGUUCACUUUUUGUCUUCGGAUUAUUUGUGCAUCUUAUUAAUACCAGAAACAUACAUUCCCCUGCCUUAUUUUGCGAUGCAACUUGAUGUUUUCUAACGAGUUGAUACUAGGGCUGGACGGUGAUGCAUGAAGCUGCUUUGCACGGUCGAGAAAGACUUGUGCAAUUGUUCCUUAGGCACGAAGUAUCCUAUGACACAGUCAGCACCGAGAAGGAUGCAAGAAGAACACCGCUACACCUUGCAGUGUACAGUAAACGACACGACAUUACUCAGACUCUCCUAGAACAAGGGGCGGAUGUGAAUGCGCAGAUGCUGGAAGAUACUACUGCUCUUCACUUAGCUGCGGCCGGGGGAUGGUAUGAAGGAGCUGAGCUUU